AUGAUGAAACAUGGGUCAUCGAAUUCCUGGUUAACAAAAUGGGUGAUCCUGCUAUCACAAUAUGACAUAACAUUCAUGCUGCAGAGAGCAGUUAAGGGUCAAGUAAUAGCCGAUUUUCUAGCAAAACACCCUAUUCCCAAGCCUUCCAAGCUCUACGAAGAUAUCUCGGAUGAAGUCAUUGAGUCGAAUGUUAUUUUAGACCAUCAAAUAUGGCAACUCUACUUCAACAGUGCGUCACGAUGUAGCUAUAAGGGAGUAGUCAUUGUAGGAGUAGGGGUAGUAUUGAUUGAUCCCUAUGGACAUGUCCUCCCUUGGGCCUAUUCAUUGACCAAGCCAUGCUCCAACAAUGUAGCCGAGUAUAACGCUCUUAUAAUUAGCCUACAACUUGCUAAAGUUAUGGGUGCCAAAUACCUUAAAGUUCACAGUGAUUCUAAACUAAUUGUGAAUCAGAUCAAGGGAGAAUAUGAGGUCCGCCACAACGACCUCAUGCCUUACCAUAAAGUGGCAACAAAGCUUGCUCAAUCUUUUGAAGGCUUCUACAUUAGCUACAUAACUCACCUUAAAAUUACUCAUGCGAAAGCUCUAGCAUCCCUUGCAGCCACACUUGCUUUGGUGCCCAAAUCUACCCGGUGUACCACCAUGGCUAGCCAUUAA